AUGGCGCAGGAUGCGCAGGUGGUGGAUGAGAUCGCGCAGCUCCUGGAUCAGUGCAAGCCCGAGGAGCUGAACGAGAUCCUCGCCUCGAUCGAAAGUAGCGGAUCGGCGGGCUCUUUGCAGCCCGUGCCACCUGCUGGACCACCACCAGGUGGUCGGCGGCCCAUGCCCGGGAUUAAGCCUACUGAGGCAGAGGGUAACGUGCUGAGCAAGGAUGAAAUACGGAAACUGCUGGACGAGCAUAGCGCUGGUGUGAUCUCGGAGGUGCGAAAGCUCAUCCCCUCGAUCUCCACCGGCGUCAUGGACACAAUUGACAUCGCAACCUUGACACAAGCCUUGGCAGAGCGUGACCAAGAGGUGAAAGUGCUGGAGGCCCGCCUUGCGGAGUUACAGACGGACCUGUCCCAGAAGGACAAGCAUGUGGCAGAGCUUGGAGGGGAGCUGGAUGCGACCCUUCGGGAGGUGAGACACCGCCAGCUUGACUUGGAGUUCCAACAGCUGAAGCUGGAGGAGAAAGUGCGAAACAAUGCCGAGCUUGAGCAGGCCCAACGAGUCCUGACGGCGCGUGUGGAGGAAGCUUCUCUCCAAGCAAGGCAUGCAGCCCUGGACGAAGAUAUGAGCCGCUACACUCCUCGUGGAGGUAUGCAUGCGCAAGGAACACUGCCGUGGACUCUGAGGAGGAGCCGUUUGCCG